AUGCGGACACGGGGCCAUGCUGGAAACAGAGGGGCAGUAGAGGCCAAGGGGCCGUCCCCACACCUGGAGCACAAAGGACCCAGGGCCGGGGCUGCGGGAGCCAUGGAGAGUUUCACAGAGUCACUAAACAGACUGAAGGAAGUCCACGAGAAUGAGGUCAUGGGCCUGCAGAACAAGCUUCUGGAACUGAACUCAGAGAGGUGCCGGGAUGCCCAGAGGGUGGAGGAGCUCUGCGCCAAGAACCACCAGCUCAGGGAGCAGCAGAAGGCACUGAAGGAGAACCUGCGGGUGCUGGAGAACAGGCUACGGGCUGGGCUGUGUGACCGCUGCAUGGUCACCCAGGAGCUGGCCAGAAAGAAGCAGCAAGAGUUCGAGAGCUCCCUCCUCCAGAACCUGCAGCAUGUCUUCCUCCUCACCACUGAGCUGACUCGGCUGCAGGAGGAAAAUGACGCCUUGAAGGAGGAAGUGAAGCGGCUUCAGGGCCCAGGGCCCAAGCCCCAGCUCAGGGAGGGCGUCUCGGACCCCCCAUCACCCCUGCUGCUCCCCUCCCUGGGCGCCCAGAAGGCCGUCACUGAGAAACCUCUGGGAGGCCACGAGGAGACAGAGGAUGGCCAUGCAGAAAGGCCAGGGGUGUACGGGACGUCUCCAGUGGCCAAAAUCUCCCCAAGUCCCAAUCUUCCUGAGGCACGGACCCCGGAAAUGGUGAGGAACCCCCAGCGCAUCUCCAACCAGCUGCAUGGGACCAUCGCCGUGGUGCGGCCUGGAUCUCGGGCCUGCUCUGCUGACCAGGGCUCCACCAAUGGGACGCCCCCACUGCCACCCACCAGGCACAGCCCACCCAGCCCACCUGGCAAGCACAGCCUCCCUCUGGACAGCAUCCUGCAGGCCUCUCGGCCCUCUGCCAAGACCUGCGAGUCCCUGAAGCAUUCCCUCCAGGCCGACCGCCUCUGCCUCCUGAACCGCCACCUAACCCUACACGUUGGCAGCCCCCCGGCCCCUGCCACAGCCCCCAGCGGCCCCCAAUCCCAGGGCCUCAAGGCUGGGGAGGCAGAGGCCUGGGAGGAGCCCUCGGGCCUGCUGGGCCUGCCGGGCGCCCUGGUGGGCGUGCGGAACCCACGGCUGGAAGGCGCACUGCACAUGCUCCUGGCCCAGCAGCUGCGGGCACAGGGCAGAGUUGGCAGUGCCCGGCUGAGGGGCCCUUGGGGGCCCAGAGGGACGCCGCCCUCCCCACCAGCCGACUCAGACUCCGAGGGUCCUGAGGGCGAGGCGGCCAGGGCAGCCCUGCCCAGAGAGAGGCACUCACAGCCCGGAGGCCUGGGCAGCCCCCAGGGGAAGAAGGGCACGGCCACACAGGACUAUGUCCCAGACAAGCCCCUGGACCUCUCAGAGAGGGGUCGGUGCCGGGCCAGCGCUCCCAAGCCUGCCAACCAGUCGGGGUCACUCAGCCCUCCACGAGUCCCCACGCCCAGCCCUGAGCUACCCCAGGGAGUGGGACCAUCUGCCCAGUGUGGAGCCCAGAGACUCAGCAAUGGCACCCAGGAAGCCAGAGAGCCAGAGACGGAAGAGCAUCCAUCUUCCCCGGAUACCCCCUACUUUGCCCCAGGGCCCCACCUCAGCCUGCUCUCUGCAAGUGGGCCAGGAGAGGAGGACAGAGGGAGGCCUAAACAUCCCCCCCACCCACCAAGGCCUGCUGGAGAUGGCCACCCAGAGUUCAGCAAAGUCCAAGGGCAACAGCCGGAGUCGGAUGAGCUGGACGAGCCAGACACCUCGGACAGUGAGAUGGGCCUGAGCACCAGGGCGGAGUCCACACAGAGCUCGCCAGGGGAAGGACCUGGGUGUGUCUGCAACAAGGAGUGUGGACGGGGCCCACAGAAAAGGAAGCGGGCCUCCGACCCCUGGAGCAAAGCCUCCAAGAAGCCGACCUGA